AUGGCACUCAGGAGACAUGUGAAGAAUUUUGUGAAAAAUUAUUCUGAGGCUGAGAUAAAAGUCAGAGAAGCAACAUCUAAUGAUCCUUGGGGCCCUUCAAGUUCGCUGAUGUUAGAGAUAAGUGACCUGACAUACAACACAAUUUCUCUUUCUGAGAUUAUGAACAUGAUCUGGCAAAGGAUGAAUGACCAUGGGAAGAACUGGAGGCAUGUGUACAAGUCUCUUACACUCUUGGAUUAUCUUCUUAAGAAUGGUUCAAAGAAAGUUAUACAGCAUUGUCAAGAGGGUUUCUUUAACAUUCAGGUGUUAAAGGACUUCCAUCAUUUAGAUGAAGCUGGAAAGGAUCAAGGUUUUCAUGUAAGGGAGAAAGCUAAGCAAGUCCUUGCUUUAUUAAAAGAUGAACAACUGUUACAUAAUGAACGUGAAAUAGCACGUCGGACUAGGCGGCGCACUUCAUAUGCAAUGCUUUCCCCCCAAAAAGUUCCUAGCAAAGCUUAUUUACCAACAAUGCCUGUCUCAGAUCCCAUUUCAGAGUUUCCUCCUUCAGAGAACGUCCAAAAUUUCCCCCCUAAGGCAUUUCCUGCAGCAGAGAAAAGCCAGCCUGCUCAGCCAUCAGGCAAAGCAGAGAUAGUCCAAGAAACAACAGCACUUAAUAUCAUUGAAAAGAAGUCAUCAGAGCAAGACUUGAUAGUCUUUAGUGAGGAUGAAUCUUCCACUACUGCUGCACAAUCAACAUUUUCCACUAAGGUCUCUAAAGAGGAAUUGGCAAUAGACAGUGCUUUGAAUCCAUCAGAAAGAAAUCCAUUACCUUUGCAAAAGUGGGAUUCAGGAAGGAAAUCAAAGAGUUCUAUUGUUUCCAAAGCUAUGCUGAAAUCUCCUUUGAGGAGGCAGUCAAGUGUACAGACCCAAAAAGUUGCAGCAACGUGGUUUGAUCUUUGGUCAUCAGGCCCAGAAGAGUUUAUCACUACCAACAAACAACAGCUCUCAAAACCAGACUUCAUGUGCUGCCGUAGUGGAGCCUCUGUUGAGACCAUCUACAAGUCUCCUACAUUUCAAUCCUUUGAUCCUUUGGGAAGUAGUGUAACAAGCACCAUGAAAUCAACACCAGCUUCUAAGCAAGUUUGUGGGCCUAGUGCAGCUAGCCUGCAAAACCUCCAGUUCUUAGUACCAGGCACUCUACAGACCGCUGGCUUAAGCAGUCAUCCCACCCCAAGGCCAGAUUCUGCCAGCUCAGUUGGAACAACGUCCUCCUUUUCUACCUUCUCCAUGUCAUCCCCUGAGUCAACUGUUCCAAACAACACACCACAGCCUUAUUGUAUUCCUCCCCAUGGACCUUCUUAUUUGUCUUCACCACAUGGACUACCUUCUCUUUUCUUUAAAGAUCUUAAAGAAAGGAUUGCACAUUCAUUUUCUCCUUGCCCAGCAUCUGAUAUAGAUGACAAUGCUAGCAUCUUAAGCCUUCUCCCUGAUAAUUCAAAAUGCUCUGUUGAAAAGAUUAAUAGUUUUAGGAGUAGAACUUGCCGUGCUUCUGGUGAGAGUUGGGGAAACGAUGUAGUGCAUGAUGUACCUUCUGUGCCUCAUCCUGGCAUACCUCCCGCAGCAACUCUUCCUGGUGCAGAUCUUCUUUGUAUGAGCACUGAACAAAAAAGCAUGGCCCUUUUGGAAGAGAUUAAAAAUGCAGUUUAUGGACUGAGAGGGGACUUCUGCAGUGUGGCACAGGAGCUGCGAACUAUUGGUAGUGAAUUGACAAAUAUGGUGGCUUCUGUUCAAAAUAUGAACAAAUUUUUCACAGCUCCCCAGACUGCUAAAGAUGACCCUGGUCAAAUGUAG